AUGAAUUGGACAACUGGUUUGAAGGAAUUAGGAGAAGCCUGUACAAAGAAUGGACAAUCAUUAGAAUGUAAAGAUGCACAAGGCAUAUGUCAGAGUAAUGCCUGUAGUUGUAAUUCUGGAUUUUAUGACAAUAAUUUUGGAACUGCUGCUGGAACAUGUGUAGCAGGUGUAGGAGGAUCAUGUGCAGGAGUGGGAACAGCAACAGAAUGUUCAGACAAAAACUUUGUAUGUUCAACAGAAACUGGUGGCAAGCUUGCACCUGGAGGAGGUUGUAGUCAAGAUGUCCAGUGUGUAGCUAAUGCUGAAUGUAGCAGUACUGAAAACAUGUGUAGAUGUAAAGACAAUUUUUAUGAUAAUGAUUUGACAGAUUCUGGAGUGGGAGGAGUUUGUACUCUAAAAAAAGGUGUAGGAGAUAAAUGUACUGCACCAGGAACAACAACAGAAUGUUCUGACAGUUUCUCGUCAUGUACAACAGAGAAUGGAGGAGAAAGUAAAUGUAGAUGUACAGCCAACUACUAUGAUAGCGAUCUAGACAACAGUAAUAUAGGAGGAACUUGUACACGAAAAAAGGAAUUAGGAGCUGAAUGCACAAAUAAUGUACAAUGUUUGGAUUUGAAUUCUGAAUGUGGAAUUUGGUCUGCAAAAUCUGUCUGCUAUUGUAAAUUAGGAUUCUAUGACAACAACAAUGUUAACAUUGAAGGAACCUGCAUUGCAUUAAAUGAGUUGAAAGUUGGGAUUCCAACUUUGACUUUGAGAUCAGAAACUUAUUUAGAAAUAGAAUGGACAGCACCAACAGCUUCAGGUGCUGUAGAAGAAUUCCAAUAUCAAGUAGGCUCAGGAAUUGCAAUAUCUGUCAACCAGGAAACAACAGCUAAUGUUACUGGAUUGACUCCUGGUAGCUUGUACACAAUAAGAAUUAUCUCUGUGGAUACAAACAGUGGACCAACUACUCAGACAACUUAUGUUGAAAUUAGUUUUGCAACGAUGCCUGCGGUACCAGGACCUUUAGAUCUGGCCAAUAGUGAUAUCAUAGCUUCAGAUGGACAAAUAACAAUCAAAUGGAAAUCUACAGGAACAGUUAUGUCUUAUACUGUAACUAUUAGUGAACUGGUUACAACUCCAACUAAAGUAUAUGUUCCUUACCAAGUGAUUGGUGGUUAUGUAGCUAAAAAUGGAUACAGAUACACACUUACAGUAAAAGCCCAUAGUAACAGUCUAGAGAGUGCUGAAUAUACAGAGGUGUUUCGAACUGUGAUUACACAGCCACAACCACCUACUGUUCGAUCAACCUGCCUAGAUGAUGAUCCUAAAUCUACAUCUAUCUAUGUGAGAUGGCAGGCACCUACCUUCCCUAAUGGAGAUAUACUAUACUACCUGGUAGAUACAGUGUCUGGGCCUACAAUAGUACCACAGUUUAAUACCUCAACUAAAGUGUUAGAUCAAAAAGUUGAACCUUUACAAGAAGCAAAGCAGUACUGUUUUACAGUUAAAACAGUAAAUGACGGUCCAGAUAAUAUCCGUACCAGUGUCCCUAGCUCUCAACAAUGUUGCUACACAAGGGCAGGAUUGUCAACAGUUCCAACAAGUGUCAUGCACAGUACAACAAGCAGAAGUAUUACAAUAUCCUGGAGUAAACCAAAUAAUACUAAAGGGGACUUAACUGGAUACCGUCUCAGAGUCCGAUCAAGUGAUGGUUGUGUGGUGGAAGUUAUAUUGAAGUGUAGUACUGGCUGUACCCCUAUGGGGAUAACACGUAUUUGUCCAUCAGACAAAAGAUUGAUACAAGAAGACAGAAAUAGUACAGAGCUGAUGACAUCUAUGGCCUAUGUAAUAGACAAGUUAUUACCCUAUACAGAUUAUGAAGUGUGGAUAAAUGCUAUAAAUGCCGCUGGUGAUGGAGACAGGACUGAAACAUCAGUUCAAACUGAUUCAGAAGUUCCACAGAAGCCUUUGAGUGUAGUUGCCUUAGUCAUGGGUUCAAGUGAAAUAACAGUAACAUGGAAUCAGAGUCUACCAAGACCAGGAGUUACAAAAUAUUAUAUUGAAGCUUAUGAGGUGGUUCUAAAUGCUGAUCCAAAAUUUGUUAAAUUUUCAAAUUUAACUGGUUUUAGCCCACAGACCACAACAUUUUCAGGAUUAGAAGCAUAUUGGAACUAUACAUUUUCUGUAGUAGCUGCUACAGACAAAGGCAAUAGUGAGCAGUCUGAAAAGUCUGGUACUGCGACAACACUCCAAGAUGCUCCUGGUGCAGUGCUUAAGCUUAAAGUUGGAAAACCAACCAACAGUUUCACACAAAUGAAUGUCUCAUGGAGUAUACCAUUACUAAGGGAUAGAAAUGGUGUGAUAAACAAGUAUACUAUUGAACACAAUGUUACAGGAAUAAUCACGUCAACUACUGUAAAUGCAACCAUGGACAAUUUAGAAAAGAUAUUUGAAAUUACACCAGAGAGAAGUUAUAACAUUAAGGUGUAUGCAGUAAACACCGAAGGGACAAAGGGAGAGGAGGUUGUAAUGUCAUAUGAUGCUUUACCAGGACCCCCAAAUGUUCCAGCCAUUCCAGCUUUAGUAGAAGAAAUAGCUUCUCCACCAUCUACACAGACCACUAUAAAAGUUAAAUUUAGUUUAGACUGGUUCCUCAAUACAGACAAUGGAGAACGUACUGAUGGGGGUAUAAUAGUCUGUCCAGCAUCCAGUUGUGAUAACUAUGGAGUAUCCAGUGAUAUGAAAUCACCUGCACAUUUUACAACAACUUUGUCAACAUGGAAGGAAUCCAAAGCAAUAGGUUUUACUAUACCUUAUAGAGUAACAAGCAGAACUUGGAUAGAAGAUAAUCGAAACACGACAAGUAGACGUAAGAGAAGUAACCAGGAAGUUGAAUUAACAAUAGGAGAAGAAAGUGGUUGUGAUAAGCUGGCAGAUGACGUGUACUGUAAUGGACCACUACCUGCUGACAUUAGAAUCCUAGUGAUAGCAUUUGUGUGUACCAGUGGAGGCUGUACAGAAUCCAAACAGUUUGGACCUUAUAAAACACAACCUGAACCAGAAGGUCUACCUAUAGCCAUUAUAGCUGGGGCUGUGUCUGCUGUGGUGGUCUUCCUCAUUGUUAUUAUAAUUAUUGUUGUGAUCAAGAAACAAAAAAGAUCAAGAAGUCAUGACCGCAUAGUAGAGGAUGAAAAAAUUAAUGAUUUUACUAAUUUGAACCCUCACGGGUUGGAGACACCAUCUGUUGAGAGAAAGAAUAUAAGAAAGAAAAGACCUAUUAAACUGAAAGAUUUUGAGGACAAAGUUGCAGAGCUUCAUAAAGAUAGUAAUCUUAAAUUUGCACACGAGUAUGAGGAGGUGAAAACUUUGACAGAUCCAAAAACAUUGAAAAAUGUCAGCACUUCUCUGGCAGAAACUGAGGAAAAUAAACUGAAAAACAGAUACGUCAACAUUCUGCCUUAUGACCACACCAUUGUCAAACUAUUGCCACUAGAAGAUGAUGAUGAACAAGCAUCAACAUUCAUCAAUGCAAACUACAUUCCUGGCUACAAAUCCCAGAGAGAGUACAUAGCCUCACAAGGACCUAUUCCUAGUACGAUUGAUGAUUUCUGGAGAAUGGUUUGGGAACAGAGUGUUUCUAUUAUUGUCAUGUUGACAUUAGCUAAAGAGGAUGGCAGGAUAAAAUGUGAGAUGUACUGGCCAACAGAACAGUCAGAGGCCAAACAGUUUGGAGAUAUCGUUGUAGAGAUGCAAUCCUGCUCAACAAUCAACACCUAUGAAUUCAGAAUAUUUAAAAUGACACUGGGAGACAAAUCCAGGUCUUUAAAACAUUUUCAUUUCCUAAACUGGAAAGAUUUCUCAGCCAAUGUACAGAAUGAUGUCAUGGUUGACUUCAUCUCCAACGUACGAAGUCAUGUGACCAUUCCAGAGAGUAGAGUACCAAUGAUUGUCCACUGCAGUGCUGGUGUUGGAAGGACUGGUACAUUUAUUGCCCUGGACCACAUGAUGCAGUUUAUCAGAGAUCAUGAUUUCGAUUCCACCAUUGACAUUUUUGAUUUUGUGGUAAAGAUGAGAGAAUGUAGAAUGUACAUGGUACAAACUGAGCAACAGUAUAUCUUUAUCCAUGAUUGUAUCAAAGAUAUUCUAGAGAAGAAAAGACAAAAAGAAUUAGAGGACGGGGAUGGUCUUUACGGCAAUGUUGACAAUAAUCAGGAUCAUAAUAUCUACAGCAACGAAGCUUUCGAACCUGAGCCAGAGCUUUACCAGAAUUUUGAAAUUGGACAACCAAAGACCGAAUUAUAAAGUGAUCUCUACAAAAAUCCAAAAUAAUUGUGAUAUUAUAUUAUAUCUAUGCAAUUUAGUAAUGUAGGUUGUAUUUGUUCAGAAAUCUAUUUUAUUAUAAUAAAAACAUUGUUAUUUUAUAUGUCUUGUAUACUGGGGAUUCAUUUGUUUUUUGGGUUCAAACUUUUAUAGACUGAGAAAAUAAGUUUAUUUUCAUGAAUUUUUCCUGCUUAUUCCAAAGUCUGCAGAUAAUAAAUUAUCUGUAGUUACAUUCUACUUUUACAUGUUUAGACUGAACAUUAAUGGCUUCUUUUCAAACCAUUAUAGGAUCUUAUGUAAUUAUUAAACUAUCAUUACCCUUAUCAAAUAGUUAGCUCUGAAAAAGCUUGUCUGAAUUUACUCAUUUCAAAAAAAUAUAAUAAGUCAGAUGGUUAGAAAACUAUCAAUUUUUUUCCGUUCUAUAAUUGAAUGUUUUAUAACAUUAUAUUUGCACUUGAAAAAAUUAGAAGGAAAUAUUUACCAUACCAACACCAAUUUUUCUUUUUGUUAAUUCACUGAAUGUUUAAUACAUUGAUGUAAAUUUUUGACAUUAUUGUACUAAAAAAUUAGUAAUUUGAAUGAUUUUUUCUCAGAUCUUUUUUUAUCAAUUGUAUUUUGCAAAAAUUUCAAGAUUAGAAAAAUUUAAAGAAGAAAAAUUAGGUCUGUUUGUAAAAAAACUUGUUUGCGAAAUAUUUAGACACAGGUAUAAUAUAUUUUAUGAUAUAUUAUACAGUCAUUAAAAUGAAAUCGCCAAUCUCUAGUAGCAAAUAAGUCUAAGAUAGCUUUGGUGCUCUUUAUUGGUUUAAACCAAUGUUUAUACAAUAUAUUAUUUUAAAUUUUUAACUUCAUUUUGAAAAGGUUGUUAUUGUAUAUAUAUAUAUAUAUAGGUGACAGUAGGAUCAACAGAACUUUUCAUUUGUCUUGAAUCCUUAAACAAUUUAAAGCAAUCAAAAUACACAAGUUCUAUCUAAAACAUUCCAAGUAUGUAAUCAAAAUUUUAUACAUUCAAAAAAACAUAAUAUAUAUAUUUAUCCUAGAAACUUAUAUACAAUUUUUAUUCUCUUUUCCUGGUUUAGUGAUAUGCAAAUUUUUAUAUAAACAUCUUUGUUAUUUGUUAUUGUUUUUUUGUAUAAAUUGUUUAUUUAGAUGUUAAUUAUGUGCUUACAUAUAUAUAUAUUAUGAAUAACUUAUCUGCAAAUAGUUUUUUUGAUAUAUUUACAAUGAAUCAUAUAAUUAUAUUUUUCUAAUCUGUUGAUGUGUAUAAUUAGUAUCAUAUAUUACUGGUACAAUUCUGUUUUAUACUAAAUUUAUAGGUAUGUGAUAAAAAAAAAAAAAUAAUAUUGUUUGGGUCAAUUGAUUUUUUUUUACAAUCCAAAGUUUGUGGGCAGUUAUUUAUCAUGUUUUACUUACAUACUCAUUUUAGUGUAUGGAAAUGAUAAUUUUCUUUUUGUUCAGUGGAUGUAACAUUUUACUUUAAGUAAUGAACACAUUGUUCACUUUACCCCUAUGUUUAGAUGUCUAUGAGCUUUAACACAUUUUAUUGUGAUUUAA